AUGGCUUCACGACCAAUGAGCUCUAAGCGCAUGAUUCGUUCCCCCGAGUACUCGGUCCGAGUUGGCCACAUCCAAGCCCAGACGCCUGCGUGGCCGUUAUCCGAUCGGAAUCAAAGCAACGAUGGUCUCUUGUUCUUUAUAUUGCCCGCAAUGGCAAAUUUACCAUUCCCAGUACGAAGGCUUGCUUGGCAAGACGAGCUACAAGGCAAUGGCGCCUUCGGGGCUCUUUGGCCAGACGCUUUUACGCACCUUGACACUCUGAGCAUAUCUCUUUCAAAGGCUUUCUUCUUCCCUCUGCCAACCACGGACACAUUGGCUGGUCUCACUGACUGCCUUGAAGCCUGCACCAAUGUCCGACAUCUCUCUCUAGGCAUAGAGAGCGACUGUGGGCCGAGGCCAGAGGUCAAAUUCUAUAAUAUCACUACCCGUCUCUUGCGGUUCUCCCCCGAAACCAAGCGGUCAAAUUGGAACAGACUGGUAUCCCUGAAUUUGACCUCUAUGAUCCUCGAGGACCACAUCCUUUUUUCCGUCGUUAGAGAAAAUGCGGAGACGCUGCUUUAUCUCUAUCUCCAAGAAUGCAACAUCACUCUCGGGAGGCUGAAGGAAUUGUCCAAAAUACCUGGCUUACACCUGCAAUCAGCUCAAAUACUCAGCGAGCACCCACAACAUCAAUGCCAUAGAAUACCUCAACAAAAGCUACUUGGAUUUCUUAAACAUCAAAGGAUCCCUGAGGGGGAAGUUGUUCAGAUGUGUAUCUACCGGGACGGAACCCUCGAGAUAGAUGCUCCUGGUAUCCCACAGUCCCCGUACUGCUACGAAACUUCUCCACAUCGUAUGUUUGACGACGAUUGCCCUGAAUUCUUCACGAAUACAUUAGUUAUGACGCUUCCAGUAGACUUGCUCGGAGGUACAUCUUUUGACGAUGAUGAGUUUGAGCCGGAAAGGCUCAACAACGCUGAUAUUGACGCCUCUGACCAAAGUGUAGCUGAGAGGAUCCGAAACGGCCCCAAAUGGCUCUUGAAUCGGUGCUGUGAUAAUAAUAUCGCAGGGAAAAUAUAUUUCACGCAAGUUCCGAACUCGCAUCCUGGCGGAUUUCCCACUGUCGUCUGGAGGUUCACAGACCGCAAUGGUGUAUCCUACUUUGGCAACGACCCCUGGGAAGGGUUCGAGGAUUGGGAUCCUAAUCAAGGCGAUGUGGAGGAGCCUCUGCCUUAUAGCGCCGAAAUGGACGAGGCCAUACAGGCGGCCAGUCUUGGGGCCCGCCAAGGCGUUAUAUUGUAUAAUCGGAACGACGCAUUUCAAGCGAAAGAAUUUAUUCAUAAUGAUUUUGAUUGUUGA